UUUUUAAGAAUGUACAUUUAAAUAGUGUUUCUUUUAAACACUGAAUACUGUAGAAAACAUGUCACCAACGAAGAAAAGUCUACGCGAUUCUAAUUGGGAUUCUGGAUCAGAAUCAGAUAAUCAGUCAGGAUCUUCUAGGUCAAGUCGUAGCGGUACACCUAAUUCUAAUGCUGCAAAUUCUGCACAUGAUAGAAACUCUGAUGAUGAAAAUGAGGCUCGUUCAGUAGGUUCUAAUGUUAGUGAGAGAUCUUCUAGAUCUAGCAGUCAAUCUGUAGAAGAAAAAAUAGACUCAAGACAAAAUUCCAAAAGUCCAUCUCCAGUUAGAUCAGAUUCUAGACAUUCAAGUGCUGGGUCUAUACAUAGUGAGAAAUCUGGAUCUCAAAGAUCCAGGAGUGGUAGUCCAAAAUCAGUUGUAUCAAAUAAUAGUGACUCACAAAGAUCACAAUCAUGUUCUCCACAAGAAAGAACAUCCGAAAGUCCAAAAUCUACAGAAAUGAUUAAUUCUCCUGAUUUUUCAAAAAAUGAACCAGUAGAUUCUGAACGAAAACCAGAAAGUCCUGAAGAAAAUAAAGAUGAUAAUGAAUCUGAAAGGUCUUUGAAAACAAGAGGUUUUAUAAAAUCAAAUGAUAGUGAUGGAGAAGCAAGUCCAAUCCAUAAAGAAGAUAAUAGUGCUUCUGCUUCAGAAGCAGAGGAUGGAAUGAAAAGAACAAAACCAUUGAUAGAUUCUGAUUCAGAAAGUGAAGCAGGAGAUAAACAAGCUUUAGCUCCAACAGCAGAUGCUCUAUUUGGAGAUGCUAGUGACAUUAGCACUGAUGAUGAAAAAGAUAAAGAAGAUGAAAAGAGAGAAAAAAGUCACAGCAAAAGUAGGAGUAGAAGUAGAAGUAGAAGCAGAAGUAAAAGCAGAAGUAAAAGUAGGAGUAGAAGCAGAAGUCAAGACAGAUCUGAUAGUGGUGGUGAGGGCCCUAGUCAAACAGUCAUUGAAGAUGAUAUAGAUAAGGAAAAAGAAGAAGAACCAGAACCUCCACCAGAGACACGGAUUGAUGUAGAAAUUCCAAAAAUCACUACGGAUUUAGGUCGUGAAAUACAUUUUGUGAAACUCCCCAAUUUCCUUUCAGUAGAGACGCGUCCAUUUGAUACAGAAACAUAUGAAGAUGAAAUUGAUGAAGAAGAAACUUUAGACGAAGAAGGUCGAGCUAGAUUAAAAUUGAAAGUUGAAAAUACCCUUCGUUGGAAGGAAAUCUUUGAUGAACAGGGUAAAGUUAUUAAGGAAAGUAAUGCCAGGUUUGUAAAAUGGUCUGAUGGCAGUAUGUCUCUACAUCUGGGCUCUGAGAUUUUUGAUGUAUAUAAACAACCACUUCAAGGUGAUCACAAUCACCUUUAUAUUCGACAAGGAACAGGUCUCCAAGGUCAGGCAGUAUUUAGAACUAAAUUGACAUUCCGUCCACAUUCUACAGAAUCCUUCACUCAUAGAAAAAUGACAAUGUCUUUGGCGGACAGAUCACAGAAAACUUCUGGUAUAAAAGUAUUAUCACAAGUAGGGAUCAAUCCAGAUCAAAAUAGAUAUGAAAUGAUUAAGAAAGAAGAAGAGAAAUUACGUAUGGCAAUGCGAGUUCAAAGUAAAACAAAAAAGACUACUGCAAGUAGAGGAACAACUGGAAGACCUGUUGGUGGAUAUGGUGGUGAUGCUUAUCAUGAUGAUGGUUCAGAUGAUGAAGGUGCCAUUUCUCUUGCAGCAAUUAAAAAUAAAUAUAAAAAGGGAAUAAAUAUUCCUGUUAAAGCAUCAAAUAUAUAUUCAUCAGAUGAAGAGGGUUCAGAUUUUGAAACUCUGAGACCAAAGAAAAAUAUUAAAGGAAAAGUUCUCAAAGAUUCGGAUGAAGACUCAAAUUCUGGAAGUGCUUCAGAAAGUGGAAGAGAAGAUGACAAUCAAGGUGAUAAUGCUAGUGAUUAA